CAUUACGUUCCAAUAAUCAACGUUAACACGAAAGCCUUGAACCACAUCACUUGGUCAGUUGGUCCUAUCCAAAAUGAAAUAUCAAGGGCCCACAAAUACAAGUCCCUGAAGACAGAAUGCUUUUGACGUAUUUUAGUAACCGGAGAAACAAAUAAUAAUCCGCCAAAAAAGAAAUCAAACUGUUUUUUAACGCAAAAAUUGUAAUCAAAAUGAUUUCAAAUUUAAAUAUGAACACUAUUAAACAGGAUAUCUGUUUGCCGAUUUGGGGUAAUCAAACGCCUAGGAAAUGGAUCCAAACAAGACGACAUCGUUUCAGGGCGAUGAAACUGAGAGCAGCCGUGGUAGAGAAGCCGGAGAACUGUACGGCCGACGAGCUUCAUUAUGUAACAGUGCCUAACACAGAUUGGCGACUUGCGCUGUGGCGUUACCUUCCAUCUUCCAAUGCAGUAAAUGCCAGGAAUCAUCCUCUGUUAUUGUUGUCUGGCGUCGGGACUAAUGCUAUUGGAUAUGAUCUCUCUCCUCAAACCUCAUUUGCACGUCAUAUGUCAAGAGAAGGAUUUGACACAUGGAUUCUUGAAGUUCGGGGUGCUGGAUUCAGUAUGAGAGGACUAGAAUCCUUUCAAGGGUUAUCAAAGACAGGUCAAUCCCAAGUUAAGGACUCGAGUUGGAAUGAGAAAUUUAUUCCGAUGGUAGGGGAUAUCCAAAGGCAGCUAGACUUGUUUCUGGACAGUGAAUGGGACUUUGAUCAGUUGUUAAAAGAAGAUCUGCCUCUAGUCGUGGACUACAUUAAGAUGCAAAGCAACCCUCAGGAUGGAAAAUUGUUUGCCAUUGGGCAUUCUAUGGGUGGUAUUUUGCUGUAUGCAGCUCUCUCACUGUGUGGGUUUGAAGGAAGACAGUCUCCUUUUGCAGCAGUGACUACACUAUCAUCAGCACUUGACUAUUCAUCUUCAAAAUCUUCUCUUGAACUACUCUUGCCUUUGGCGGAUCCUGCAAAGGCUUUAAAGAUCACAUCGAUACCUAUAGGUGCACUGCUUGCCACCAUGCAACCUCUCGCUUCUCGUGCUCCAUUUCUACUGUCUUGGCUGAAUUCGAUGAUAUCUGCUCAGGACAUGAUGCUCCCGGAGAUGUUUGACAAGUUUACCCUCAAGAACUUCUGUACAGUGCCUGCCAAACUCCUCUUGCAAUUAGCAACACUUUUUGAGAGCUCUGGUUUAAGGGAUCGAUCUGGAACAUUUUAUUACAAGGAUCAUCUUCACAAGACCAAUGUCCCUAUUUUGGCCCUUGCUGGUGAUCGAGACUUAAUCUGUCCUCCUGAAGCUGUUUACGAAACAAUCAAGGUGAUCCCUGAGGAUAAAAUUACAUUCAAAGUGUUUGGAGAAGUUGGCGGUCCGCAUUAUGCUCACUAUGAUUUAGUGGGAGGCCGUUUUGCUGCCAAGAAGGUUUGUCCAUGUAUCAUCCAUUUUCUCAGUGCUCAUGACAAACUUGAUAGAUGAUCUUUUGCGGGCUGAGGACUGUCACGCAAUCUUGUUCUUGGAUACAAACUUACAGGAUAUCAUCAAAAGGGCUUGGAAUCCUGCAAAAAAUUUACUUAUUUGUACAGGGUUACAUGGAAAUAGAUACAGGAUUUUAUUAUUUCAUCUUCUGUAUAUACAUACAUAUGCACAUUAUUUGACAUCCUUGAUACUAGAAGGAAAACAACUACAGUACAUAAAAAGAAUCCUUCUGCAUUAAACAACUUCAUGAAUCAUUAGCAUC